AUGUUUUUGGAAAAGAAGUGUUUACCAAGUAACGAUCAAGAAAAGAGAAUUUUCAAUAGACUUAUUGAUAAAGAAAGAAUGGAACAUCAAUUGAAUAAAAUUUUCAGUUUAUUGAUUUGUGUACAAUUUCUUGUGUCUACAUUAAAUUUGUGCAUUUCUGGUUUUUACAUGACAAAAGUGAAUGUUGGCAAUGCAUAUUUUUGGGUGGCAUUAGUGAAUUUAAAUACAUUUAUUUUUCAACUUUUUCUUCAAUGCUUCUUUGGAGAAUUAAUGACUCGAAAGAGUUUGUCUGUUGCCGACGAAAUAUACAAAAUGGAUUGGAAUUUAUUAAAUAUACAAAGUAAGCAAAAAUUAAUAUUAAUUAUGAUGCGCGCUAAUCGACCAAUGCAGCUCACUGGAUAUUCACUAAUUACCAUGUCAAUUGAAACAUUUUGUAGAAUCCUAAAAACUUCUUAUUCAGCUUUUAAUUUAGUUAGAAAUGUAAACUAAGCUCUGUAUUAUUCUGAAGAAAUUGCGUAUAUUUAAAAAAAG